AUGAAGCCUCCGCCGCCGCCGCCGCCGUCGCCGGCUUCAAGUGAUACGAAUACACCAACGAACAGCCAGCCAGGGACAGUCCGAACAGCGAAUUGCAGAGCUCUGAAGCUUCUGUUACACCUUAUGAUAAGCGAGGAAGCCGAAAGUCUAAUCGCCGUCUCUGGGAAGCAGGUCGAGCACGCUAUUGAGAUGACAGAGGUCGUUACUGAACUUUCUAUGGAGAAAUUGGGUUACAUAUUUGAAGGACGGGCCUCUCCAUUUGCUUACCACAAUAGCUGCAUCAAUGGUAUUGAGUUAUCCUCGCUAUACGCAAAAAAUUCCGGUGGUCAAUCACCAACAAGGAACAAGUGGUAA